AUGGUUCUUGCGGAACUCGGAAAAUCAAUUAAUGCAGCACUUUAAAAACUCAGUAAGGCCCCAGUAGUAGAUGAGGCACUAGUAGACUAAAUAUUGGGUGAAAUAGCAAUGGCUUUGUUAAAAGCAGAUGUUAAUGCUAAAUUUAUAAAAAAACUAAGAGAAGAUGUUAAGAUGGAAUUCAAACUAUGUGAGGAAGAGAAUAUUAAUCAUUAAAAAUUGAUUCAGAAAGCAGUUGUCGAUGGAUUAACAAGAAUGCUUGAGAGUGAUAGAAAACCAUUUUAACCUAAGAAGGGAAAAUAAAAUGUUAUCAUGUUUGUUGGUUUAUAAGGAUCAGGUAAGACAACCACUUGUACUAAAUACGCAUAUUAUUACUAAAAGAAAGGAUGGAAAGUAGCCUUAGUUUGUGCUGAUACAUUCAGAGCAGGAGCCUUUGAUUAAUUAAAGUAGAAUGCCACUAAAGUCAGAGUUCCAUUUUAUGGAUCUUAUACUGAAGCUGAUCCUGUAUAGAUUGCAUAAGAGGGUGUUAAUGUGUUUAAGAAGGAAGCAUUUGAAAUAAUCAUAGUGGAUACUUCAGGAAGACACAAAUAAGAAAAUGACUUGUUUGAAGAAAUGAAGUAAGUAGAAGCUGCAGUAAAGCCAGAUGAUAUAGUCUUUGUUAUGGAUUCCUCAAUAGGUUAAGCCUGUUUUGAUUAAGCCUUGGCAUUUAAGAAAGCUGUCAAUGUCGGAUCUGUUAUUAUAACAAAGUUGGAUGGUCAUGCAAAAGGUGGUGGUGCUUUGUCAGCAGUAGCAGCUACAGAAUCUCCUAUUGUAUUCAUAGGAGAAGGUGAGCAUUUUGAUGAUUUGGAAUCUUUUGAAGCCUCCUCUUUUGUUAGAAGACUGCUAGGCUUAGGAGAUAUAAAUAAAUUAUUUUAAUCUGUUAAGGAUGUUGUGAAUAUGAGAGAUCAACCAUAAUUAAUAUAAAAAUUAAAGGAAGGUAAAUUUUCAAUAAGGGAUUUGUAAACAUAAUUCAAUUCUGUCCUUAAAUUAGGAUCCUUAAAUUAAUUUAUGUCUGCUAUUCCAGGAAUGGGCAGUUCAGUUUUAUCAAAAGGAAAUGAGAAAGAAUCAAUAAAAAGAAUUUAGAGAUUUUUGUGCAUUAUGAAUUCUAUGACAGCUGAUGAAUUGGAUGGUGAAGGCAAUUUAAAUUUUUGUAGAAUUGUUCGAAUUGCCAAAGGAUCAGGUACAUCUAUAGAAGAAGUUCACAUCUUAUUAGAUGAACAUAAGAAAUUGUCUAAAGUAGUUGGAAAUUUAGCUAAAACUAAUUUAGGAGGAAAAAGAGGAAAUGAAUUUGAACAACUCAAAAGAAAUCCAUAAUAAAUGAUGUAAAAGAUGAAAGGGGCUAUUGAUCCAAGUAUGCUCUAAAAAUUAGGAGGAAUGGAUAAUGUUAUGAAUAUGAUGAAAUAAAUGGGUUAAAUGGAUGGAAUUUAAGAUUUGAUGAAAUAAAUGGGAGGAAUGGGAGGUAUGCCAGGAAAAGCAAAAAGAAGAUGAUCUAAGAUUAAUAAACAUUGUAUUUUUAACAAUUUUA